AAAACUUACUACAACUCCCUAUUCCCCCUUUCACAGAAUGUUCCGACUACCAACCGUACUACGUUGCAGCGCCGCCCGGCAGGUGGCAGCGGGUUAUCGCGGCUACGCCAAGGAUGUGCGUUUCGGCCCCGAAGUCCGGGCCCUGAUGUUGCAGGGUGUGGACGUGCUGGCCGAUGCCGUUGCCGUCACGAUGGGCCCCAAGGGCCGGAACGUGAUCCUGGAACAGAGCUGGGGAUCGCCGAAGAUCACCAAGGAUGGCGUCACGGUGGCCAAGGGAAUCGAACUGAAGUGUAAGUUCCAGAACAUCGGUGCCAAGCUGGUGCAGGAUGUGGCGAAUAACACCAACGAGGAGGCCGGCGAUGGAACUACUACCGCUACCGUUUUGGCUCGGGCCAUUGCCAAGGAAGGCUUCGAACGCAUUUCCAAGGGAGCGAACCCGGUGGAAAUUCGACGAGGUGUUAUGUUGGCUGUCGAUGCCGUUAAGGCUCAUUUGAAGUCCCUGUCAAGGAACGUAACUUCUCCUGAAGAAAUCGCCCAAGUAGCCACCAUUUCGGCUAACGGAGACCGUGCAAUUGGAGAUCUGAUUAGCGAGGCGAUGAAGCGCGUCGGAAAGGAUGGCGUCAUUACGGUCAAGGAUGGCAAGACUUUGGUCGAUGAGCUGGAGGUGAUCGAAGGUAUGAAGUUUGAUCGCGGAUACAUUUCACCGUACUUCAUCAAUUCGAGCAAGGGUGCCAAGGUUGAGUUCCAGGAUGCUUUGGUUUUAUAUUCGGAGAAGAAGAUCUCGAGCGUUCAGUCCAUCAUUCCCGCUCUGGAACUGGCAAAUGGCCAACGCAAACCACUGGUCAUCAUUGCCGAGGAUGUCGAUGGUGAGGCACUGAGCACCCUGGUCGUGAACCGACUGAAGAUUGGUCUGCAGGUUGCUGCCGUGAAAGCUCCAGGUUUCGGAGACAACCGAAAGAGCACCCUGGCCGAUAUGGCUAUCAGCACCGGUGGAAUCGUUUUCGGAGAUGAUGCCAACCUUGUGAAGCUGGAAGAUGUGCAGCUGUCGGAUCUUGGCCAUAUUGGAGAAAUCGUCAUUACCAAGGAUGAUUGUCUGAUGCUGAAGGGCAAGGGUUCUCAGGAACACAUCCAGGCCCGCGUUGAUCAAAUCCGGGACCAGAUUGCUGAAACCACUUCGGAGUACGAGAAAGAAAAGCUGCAGGAGCGAUUGGCUCGGCUAUCGUCGGGUGUCGCCGUUCUGAAGGUAGGAGGUUCCAGUGAAGUUGAGGUAAAUGAGAAGAAAGAUCGCGUUAACGAUGCCCUGUGCGCUACUCGGGCUGCCGUUGAAGAAGGUAUUGUUCCCGGAGGCGGCACUGCCCUGUUGCGUUGUUUGAAGGCUCUCGAAAAUCUUUCUGGAGCCAAUGACGAUCAGAAGGCUGGUAUCGACAUUGUUCGUAAAGCGCUUCAUCAGCCGUGUACUCAGAUUGCCAAAAACGCUGGCAUGGAUGGCUCCGUUGUUGUGGCCAAGGUUCUGGACUUGCAGGGAGACUUCGGUUACGAUGCCUUGAACAGCGAAUACGUUAACCUGAUCGAACGUGGUAUCAUUGAUCCCACCAAAGUCGUUCGAACUGCCCUCACCGAUGCUUCCGGAGUUGCCUCGCUACUCUCCACUGCCGAAUGUGUUGUAACGGAAGAACCAAAACCGGAAGGAGCCGGUGGCAUGCCAGGAAUGGGUGGCAUGGGAGGAAUGGGAGGCAUGGGUGGAAUGGGUGGAAUGAUGUAAACUGAACCUCCAAACUCUUAAGACUCUUUAUCAGUUAAGAUAACCAUCAACCGGAGCUACGGAUGAAGCUACUUGGAAGAAUUUGUCAAACCUAGCAAGAAACAAAACGACCCAUUCUUGCCAGAUACCUUCAUCCAGAACAACUCCAAGAACACAUUCUAACCGAAUGCAUUUAGUAAAACGACGCAAAGGCUCUUCAAUCUUCUCAUGCAUUUGACAGAACCAUGGAUAUGUUUUUUCAUAAUCAGGGCGCAGUGCGCCCGGAACAGCUCUAUUCAAAUUUAGGAAACCUAGCGCGAUUGUGAUUAUACUGUGUUGAAUAGAGGGCUCCGUCUAACAGCGAAUACAAUAACACAAAAAGUUUGUUUUAAAUUAAAACAAACCGGUAACGAAAAUUUUUCAAAUUACUCGGAAUGAAUAAGGCUAAGGUCUAGAGUUGUAGGACGUUAUUUUAAGUUUUCCCCCUUCUUUACUUUCAUGUUAAUCCAGUUAUUUUUACUUGAUUAAACUUAACAUUACCAUCACCAGUAAAAAAAACCAAGCGGAAGCAUUUCGUUGAACAAAUAGGCAGCAGCGCUCCGAUGCUUUUAUACCUUCGAAAGAAUUCAUAAUAGUCAAAACGUAGUUGUAUAGAUUUAUUUGUGUACGUUUGUUUCCAUUUAUUCCGUUAUAAGUAGUAUUUUUCUUUGGAAUGUAGAUUUCGGUAGAAUUCGCCCGUUCUCGUGUAAAUGUUGAAGAACGGCGCAAAAUAAACGCAGAAUCGUACUCUUAAACACUCUUCCUCGAUCACAUAGCGGUGAUAACCGAUAUGUUUAGUAUAGAAAUUGAAACGUGAGGGUUUUCUCUAUUUCGGCGUGGGUUAUCAACACUGGUGAUCGAGGCAGGAAAUUGUUAUUGUGAACAACAAAUCCUAUAAAACGCCACAAAGAGCAACUUGUGGAAUUUCCGAAUAAGCACGUAGAUAUUGCCAAGCAUUACCAAUAUCUGAAAGAAAAGCAACAGAGAAUAUAACUAUACAAGAUUUUUUAUAC